CAAUCGCGCUGUUCUCACAAUGUAUGUGGAUAAUAGGUAGCAGUGUGCCACAAAUGAGAAAACCCAAAGAAAGUCCCUUGCUUGGCUCUAGGGUAGGGUUUGAGAGAGAGGCAAGACAGGGACGGGGGUUUCCGUCCGGGGCGCGGCAUUGCGGGAGUGCGAUCGAUCGGGAGGAGCGGCGAGGGAUCUGCCGCACCGGGCGUGAAAUCCUCGGCUAGGAUCUGGCUGGCGAGAAAGAAAGAUCGCAGCGUCCGAGGUGAGGGUUUGGUUCCACCGAUUGAUCUGGGAAAAGAUUCCAAUCGCGCAAGGGUUUGCGCGUGGCAGAUCGAGCAGCGCUGCUGGUAAUGCUGCUGGAGCACGAUUCCGGAGAGAUAUGUGCGCAGUAGGGGCAGGAUUUUGGGGCUCAGGUGUGUGUAUGGGUGAGGGAGAAUGCCAGAGCUGCGUAGCGGGGCGCGCACUCCAGCUGCUGGCACGCGUGUAGAGGACAAGGCGGCCAACACCACACGAAGGACGACGAGGCGGGGCGCGGCUGCUGCCGCGGCGGCAGCGGCUGCUACUCCGAGGAAGAGGGCUACUGCCGCUCGACGAGAAGAAGAGGAGGAACAAGGCGCCGCCGUGAGGCCACGAGGCAAGCGUGCCGCAGCGCCCAAGGCUGCCCGGGGUCGUGGGAGAGGCAGGGGUAAACAAGUCGCUGCUCGGCCGCAGGCAUUGGUGCAACCACCGGAGCCCGCUGCCGCUGAUCAGGGCGAGGAAGAGGAGCUUCCUGACUUGGAAAAGGGGAGUGGGGCUGCUGCCGUAAGGGAAGAGCACCAGAUGGAGGAGGAGAGCGCUGGGAGAAGCGGGGACAAGGUUGCCGAAGGCGAAGAGAACGCGUCACCGCUUCCGGAGAGAGUCCAAGUUGGAGGCUCUCCUGUAUAUAAGAUCGAGAGGAAGCUUGGAAAAGGUGGCUUUGGUCAAGUAUAUGUAGGACGGAGGCUUAGUGGCGGCUCGGAACGUACAGGCCCUCAGGCUGUUGAGGUUGCUUUGAAGUUUGAACACAGAAGCAGUAAAGGAUGCAACUAUGGGCCUCCGUAUGAGUGGCAAGUUUACACUACACUUGGUGGCAGCUAUGGCGUGCCUCGAGUGCACCAUAAGGGGCGUCAAGGAGAUUACUACGUAAUGGUUAUGGACAUGCUUGGGCCUAGCUUGUGGGAUGUGUGGAACUCGUCAGGACAAGCCAUGUCUACUGAAAUGGUUGCCUGUAUUGCGGUGGAGGCUAUUUCGAUACUUGAUAAAAUGCAUUCGCGGGGCUAUGUUCACGGAGAUGUGAAGCCAGAGAAUUUCUUGCUAGGUCAACCUGGUACUGUUGACGAGAAGAAGUUGUUCCUUGUGGAUCUAGGGUUAGCAACAAAAUGGAGAGAGCCAGAAAGUGGGAGUCAUGUCGAUUAUGACCAGAGACCCGAUGUUUUUCGUGGAACUGUGCGGUAUGCAAGCGUGCAUGCACAUUUGGGUCGUACUGGCAGUAGACGAGAUGAUCUGGAAUCUCUUGGAUACACGCUGGUGUUUCUCCUUCGUGGUCGGCUUCCUUGGCAAGGAUACCAGGGAGACAAUAAAGGAUUUCUGGUCUGCAAAAAGAAAAUGGCCACAUCCCCGGAGAUGUUGUGCUGUUUCUGCCCGCCUCCAUUCAAGCAGUUUUUGGAAAUCGUUGUAAAUAUGAAGUUCGAUGAAGCACCAAACUACGCGAAGCUUAUCAGUCUUUUUGACGGCGUCUUGGGGCCUAACCCCGCUGUCAGGCCUAUUAGCACGGAAGGUGCAUUGAAGGUUGGUCAGAAACGAAAUAGGCUGGCUGUGGAAGAAGAUGACGACGAUCAGCCCAAAAAGAAAAUCCGACUUGGGCUUCCAGCAACUCAAUGGAUUACCGUCUACAAUGCACGCAGGGCGAUGAAGCAGAGGUACCACUAUAAUGUAGCCGAUUCUCGAUUAGCUCAACAUGUGGAGAAAGGCAACGAGGAUGGGCUUUACAUCAGUAGCGUGGCUUCGUGCUCAAAUCUCUGGGCGCUGAUUAUGGACGCGGGAACAGGCUUUCAAUCUCAAGUGUACGAGCUCUCCAACGUCUUCCUUCACAAGGAGUGGAUCAUGGAACAAUGGGAGAAAAACUUCUACAUUAGUGCCAUUGCAGGAGCCAACAACGGCAGCUCGCUGGUUGUCAUGUCAAAAGGGACACCAUACACGCAACAAUCGUACAAAGUGAGCGAUUCAUUUCCGUUCAAGUGGAUCAACAAAAAGUGGAGGGAAGGGUUUUACGUGACUUCCAUGGCGACCGCUGGAACCCGCUGGGGAGUGGUCAUGUCGAGAAACGCUGGUUUCACGGACCAGGUAGUGGAGCUGGAUUUCCUCUAUCCCAGCGAAGGCAUCCACCGGCGGUGGGAUUGUGGAUAUCGCAUCACCGCCACUGCGGCAACUUGGGAUCAAGCAGCAUUCGUAUUGAGCGUGCCGCGGAGAAAGCCUGCCGACGAGACACAGGAGACACUGAGAACAUCGGCCUUUCCUAGCACGCAUGUGAAGGAGAAGUGGUCCAAGAACCUCUACAUCGCGGCUGUGAGCUAUGGACGCACCGUCUCGUAAUUUAAAGGAUGGGGAGGUUGCAUAGCACAACCUUGUGGCUCGCCAUCUCUCCUCUCUCUCUCUCUCUCGCUCGCUCGCAAUUACAGCGUAAGCGCGUAGGCAUUUUUAUAUAUGCUGUUUAACAGUGUGGUGGUCGGAAUCUACCUCUGGUGCUAACGGCGACAGCUUUCUCUUUCUAAUGAAGCGUAUAAAAGGAGAGCACUUCCAGUGUGAACAGUAAAUCAAUGUGUAUCUUAUCUGCUUUUUAUGGUAACAAAAAAGGUGGCAACCCUAAAGUCACCGCAUCUGUGGCAGUUAAA